AUGAAUCUCUUGGACUGCCUUCCAAGCUUCCACCGUGUCACUCCAGUGCCGCGCUCUCCAUCUGCAGCACAUGUCGACCUCCUUCUCCUCGGCUCAGGCUGGACAUCCACUUUCGUCCUGCCCCUCGCAGCCGAAGCUGGCCUGAGUACCGCUUUCACCACUCGUGCCGGAGGAGGGGGCAGCAUCAAAUUCGACUUUGACCCAAAAGAGGAUGAUAAUGUCGAGGCUUUUCGAUCCCUGCCCGAUGCUACGACUGUGUUGAUCAUCUUCCCCGUCUAUGAAGAGGGAGGAAUCGAGAGGCUUGUGAGGGGCUACUUGGAGAGUAGGGACGAAACUGGUGUAGACAGAUACUACGAUGAUGAGAAGAGGGCGAAGACGAGGGAUCUUGAUACCAACUUUGUGCUGCUGGGUAGCACGGGAAUCUACGAUAAUGGUCCCACUUUUGCACCUCACGAGGACUUGCUUCUGUCCCACCACAAGAAGAAAAAGCAUCACAAGCACCAUGACAAGAAACCCAAGGACCCUUGCCCAGACAAGCCCUCAUCCCCGUGGAUAGACGAGUCCUCUCCCUACUCCCCGCUUCCUCGGGCCAUCUCCGAAGAGAAGCUCCUCGCCCUCUCAAAGCCCAACAACGCCGUACGUGCCAAGCCCAUCUCCACCGCUGUGCUGCUACUCUGCGGCUUGUGGGGACACGGAAGAUCGGUACGCCGCUACUUGAGCAGGCUGCCCGGGGACAAGAAUGUGGUUCGUGAAAUGGGAAGUGUGCAUUUCGUUCAUGGGAGAGACGUAGGAAGGGCGUGCGUGGCUAUGGCCAAAGACUUUGACAUUGCCGCGGGCAAGAGGUGGAUCUUGACGAAUCAGCGGAUUUACGACCUCUGGGAUCUUUCCUCUCGAUUCGGCUCCUCGGGCGAGGAGGGUCGCAAUCAUCCACCUACAGGCCCUCUCCCUGGCAUAGUCGCAGAGCUCAUGGACGAGACAGGCGUCAAGGCGCUGCCCCGUAGUGCAGAGGAAAUGCACACUUUGAACGGCAGCAAGACAUUGGAUGGAAGGGCAUUUUGGAAGGCGUUUGGGCUGACACCCGAUUCGCCUUGGGUUGAUUGA